UGUAUGUUUUUUUUUUAUCUCUUUGGAAAUUGAAAGUAUGGUUUUAAUCUAUUCUAUGCAUUUCCUUUGAUUUUCCCUCUAUUUUAACUUAAUUACAUGCAAAUUUUGAACAUUGUUCCAAGCCAACUGCCCUAGCUGGAUUGUGUUUGAUAAGCCACCCCAAAAAAUUAUGAUAAGUUGUUGUCAAUACUGUCCUGAGAAAAGAAAAACUAUUUUGUGUAGUUAUAAAUAUCCUUUUCAGUUUUUGUUUUAAUCUUGCUUAGGUUCAUAUCUGACAGAUCUAUAUAUAUAUAUGUUUUUUUCUUUUUCUUGGAAUUUGAAUUUGAUCGACUUUUAACUGUACUUAUAGAAAAUUAUGUUCAAAUUGCAGGAUUCACAAGCAGGAAAGCCCGAUGAGAGUAAACAAUGUGGUAAAUCUCCACCUUCAGAAACAUUGCCCGAGUCUGAGGAUAACCCUAAGACACCGUCUCUCGAUGAAGAAAAUGCAAGUGCAAAACCUCAAAAGAAUGAAAAUGACCAAAGUGAUGCAAACAACACACAACAAAAAACCCUAAAGAAGCCUGACAAAAUUCUUCCAUGCCCCCGCUGUAAUAGCAUGGACACAAAGUUCUGUUACUACAACAAUUACAAUAUCAGUCAACCCCGUCAUUUUUGCAAGAGCUGUCAGAGAUACUGGACAGCUGGUGGUACAAUGAGGAACGUGCCCAUAGGAGCUGGUCGGCGCAAGAACAAGAACUCGUCCAUGCAUUGUCGCCACAUCACCAUCUCUGAAGCUUUACAUGCAACUGCAAAUGGAUUUCAAAACCCUACGCUCAAAAGCAAUGGCAUGGUUCUCUCUUUUGGCCUAGAAGCACCACUUUGUGAAUCCAUGGCUUCUGUCUUAAAUCUUGCUGAGAAACAAAAGGCUCCUAAUGGAAUCCCCAAUGGGUUUUAUAAAGUUGAACAAAAUGGCGAUGAUUGUUCUAGCGGAUCAACUGUCACAACUUUAAAUUCGACAGAGGAAGGAGUGAGAAACGGGAUUCAAGAGCCAAUGAUGGGGAAUUUAAAUGGCUUCACUUCCCAAAUCCCUUGCCUCCUUGGCAUUCCAUGGCCUUAUUGGAAUUCAGCUGCUCCUAUACCAGCUGUUUGCUUGUUUGGAUUUCCAAUGCCAUUCUAUGCCACCCCCUAUUGGACAGUUCCAUGGUUGCCUUCACCAUCUCCUACAACAAACCAAAACAUGCCAAGCUCUGCUCCAAACCAAAAUUCACCGACUCUAGGGAAACAUUCGAGAGAUGGAGACUUGAUUAAGAAAAAUUCAGAGACAUCCAUUUUGAUUCCAAAAACUACAAGGAUUGAUGACCCUGAUGAAGCUGGAAGGAGUUCUAUAUGGGCAACACUUGGGAUUAAGAGUGAUUCUUCAAUGAUGAGCAGAGGAGGCCUUUUCAAGGCCUUCCAACCAAAGGGUGGUGAAAAGAAUCACACACCAGAAACCAAUUUUGCGUUGUGGGCUAACCCUGCAGCCUUGUCUAGGUCGCUCAGCUUCCAAGAACGGUCCUAAAGUAGAUAGUGUUACCAUUACAUCUAAUAUUUGUUCUCCAAAGUGGCAUUUGGGAGAGAAAUAUUGGGUGUUUGAGAUCAUAUUGAUUCACAGACUUGUUAAAGCAUAUG